AUGGCAGGAGACGAAGCAGCAGCCUUCUCUCAGCCAGCAUGGCGCUAUGCCGGAUCCCCGGGAGGGAAAGGAGGAAGUGGUACUGGCGCUGUGGCGGCUCAAAAGGCAGGUUACCUGUUUGGGUGGGCAGGGGGGGACCUGAGCUACCGCAUGGGGUGGGGAGAGGAGGACAGGGCCGCUUGGCCUGUGGUGGAAGCAGGCAGGCGAGCAGCAGACGCUGCUGCUAUGGGAGAGAAGAUGGGAGCAGUGGAAGCAGAGAAGGGUGCUGCUGAUCCGUUUCCCCCAGGCUCACACAGAGCAGGGGGGGUUCUGGGGCGCAAGGGGGUGAAAGCCGUGGCAGCAUCGGGGCACACGCUAGCAGUGACAGUAGACGGAGCACUCUACUCAUUCGGCCGAAACUGGGACAGUAGGCGGCGGAAAGCGGGGCAGCUGGGGCGGAAGGGGCCGUUUGGGAGGCCUGGGAGGGUGGCGGGAGUGGCGGGGAGAGUGAGGGCGGUCGCUGCUGGGAAGUUUCAUUCGGUGGCAGUGACUGAAGAGGGGGUGGUGUACACGUGGGGGUGUAAUGGGAGGGGCCAGCUGGGGAGACAGACGAGGAGCAUGGGCGACAGGCACAAGGCGGCGCCAGUGAGGGGGCCACUGGAAAACGUGGUGGUGGUGGCGGCAGCAGCAGGGCCGCACUACUCCCUCGCCCUCUUGCCCUCUCUUCCAGUGGGCGACAGGCAUGAGGCGGCACCAGUGAGGGGGGCACUAGAAAACGUGGUGGUGGUGGCGGCAGCAGCAGGGCCGCACUACUCCCUCGCGCUCUCUGCCGGGGGGCAAGUCUUCACCUGGGGCCUCAACCUCUUCUCGCUCCCUGCUCCCUGGACCCACCACCAUGACCUCUGCCAUACUCCUACUGCUGCUUCUUCUUCUGCUGCUGCUGCUGCUGCUGCUGUUGUUGCCGCUGGCAGCGCCGGCAGCAGCACCAGCACCAGCGGUGGAUUAGAGAAGGAACUAGCAGCAGCACUGGCACUGGCAGCAGAACCAAGGAGGGUGGGAGGGGCGUUGGAGGGGGAGAGUGUGGUGGAGAUAGCAGCAGGGGAGGAGCACUGGCUGGCGCUCACAGAUAAAGGCCUUGUGUACGCAUGCAGCACCGGUUUCAAUGCAAGUGGCAUUCGAGUCAAUCCGGCCAUCCACGCGCCUCUUCUAGCCCACUCCUCCCACUCCCGCUUUGCCCUCCCCCACCGCAUCACCUCCGGUCCCUUGUCUUCCGAGCGUGCAUCAACCAUCGGAGCAGCAGCAGGCGCAUCUUUUGCUGUCAUGGCAUCCUCGCAGCAGCUUCUGUCGUGGGGCUAUGGUGGGGGGAAACGAGGACUAGCAGCAGCAGCAGCAGCAGCAGGAGGAGGAGCGGCAGCAGCAGCAGGAUCUGUGUUACUGGGGCGAACAGGGGGAGCAGCGGAAGAGCCGAGUGAGGUGAUGGGAGAGGAGGAGGAGGGGGACGGGGGAUUGCGGUUGGGUGGGGUGGUGCAGGUGGUGGGGGGUGCGUCGUUUGUGCUCGCCCGGACCAGCACUGGACAGGUCUUUUCGUGGGGUCACAACAACUACCAUCAGCUUGGCCGCCCAACGUCAAACUCCGCCGACCCGCUUCCCGGCCUCGUGGGCGGCCUGGCUUGUCUGCACGUGGACACUGUAGCAGCAGGGUCGCACCACGGGCUUGUUUUCGGGCGGGCGGAGCGCGGCAAGGAGUUGGAAGUGGUUGAGAUGGAACAAGUGGUUAAGGAAGAGUGGGAGCGGGUACAUAGUGGGGAAGACAAGACAGGAGGAGGAGGCGGAGCAGGAAGAGCAGGGGGAGAAGGUGCAGCAGGGGCAGGUUGGGGGGAGAGAGGAGGAGGAGGAGGAGGAGCAGGAGAAGGAGGAAAAGGGGCGGUGUUUCCAGUGAUAUACAACGAGCACCACAGGGGCGAGAUCAUGCAGGUGGCAGGGGAGUGGUUCGCCCAGCUGCCGCAGUCAGGGUUCGACCCGGCCUUUCGCAACCCCUGCUGGAAGGACGGGUCCGGGUUUCACUGCCUGCCCUAUUUCCUCGUUAUCGGGGCUAUGAGGAGUGGCGCUCGGGACUUCUUUCAUCGCUUGACCAUGGUGCAUCCGACUGCUGUGCUGCCUGCUUCUAUGACCAAUCUUGAAUGGUGGGACAUGAGGGAGUAUGAUCCCUUCGAUUGGUACACUGAGAAAUUCAGCCAAGCAGCAGCGCACAUAGCCACGCAUCCAGCCGCCAUCGCAGGGGAGGUGACCCCCUCGCUGCUCACCCACUCGGGCAUCUUGGCUCGAGGGCCACAUGCGCGCAGCUUCCUGCUGCCAGAGCUGGUCUUCUCACUGCUCCCCCAUGCGCGCUUCAUCGUGCUCCUCCGCAACCCCAUCCACCGGUGGUUCUCUUCCUUCCUGUCGGCGAAGCAACAUGAUGACUCUCACAUCGCUUUCAACAGCAACGACAACAGCAGCAGUGCAGCUGACGCUUUUGCGAGACACGUAGAUGUGGUGUUACCCGCAAUUAAAGGGUGUAUGGUGGACCAUUCCCCUGUCUACUGCUCCCGCCUGCUCUUCCACUCCUUUCCGCAUGUGUGCCGCAGCAUGUAUGCCUAUUUCCUAUCGGUAAGUUGA